AUAAUGACAAAGUGCAUAUUUCUUGAGCUGAGAAUAUUUUUGUAUCUGUGUUUCCAUUGUUAGUUUCCAAAAACAAUUACAGGUUGCUAAUACACAUCAACUGGACUGUUCAGUAGAAGCUCCUGUGUUUCUCAUGAUCUCUGACAGCAUCCAGGGGUUCACAUGGAGAAAGCAGAAUAUGCUGAGGUCUGAGAUUUGAUGGAUGGUGAUGUUGGAAAUCUUUUUAUGUGCCCAUUUAUCUCAGUAUAUCUGCUUCAGUGAAAUGUCUCUUCAUAGUUCUAUCCAUUUUCUAAUUUGAUUAUUUUGCUUUUUUUUUUAAGUCGUUCUAGGAUUCUUUAUACAUUCCACAUACCAGUUUUAUGUCAGAUAUAUGGUAGGCAAAUAUUUUCUAUUAUUCAGUACUGUAUUAGUCCAUUUUCACACUGCCUAAACCCUCCUGUGACAACCUGAGACUGGGUAAUUUAUAAACAAAAGAGGUUUAAUUGACUCUUUUCCUAGUUCCGCAUGGCUAGGGAGGCCUCCGGAAACUUACAAUCAUAGAGGAAGGCAAAGGCGAAGCAAGGCACGUCUUGCUUGCAGCAGGAGAGAGAGCGAUCAAAGGAGGAACUAUCACAGAUUUUUAAACCAUGAGAUCUCCUGAGAGCUCACUAUCAUGAGAACGGCUUGGGGAAAACCACCCCCAUGAUCCAGUCACCUCCCACCAGGUCCCUCCCUCAACACCUGAGGUUUAUACUUGAAGAUGAGAUUUGUUGGGGACACUGAGCCAAACCAUAUCAAAUACCUUUUCUUUCAUUGUCUUAAGGUCUUUCACAGACCAAAAGUUUUUAAUUUGGUAAAUACCAGUUGAUUUUUUUUUCUUUAAUGAAUCAUGCUUUUGCUGCUAUGGCUAAGAAUUUUUGAACAAGCUCUUGAUUCUUACGAUUUUAUUGUGAGUAAUUUUUUCUUUCAGUCUCCUACAGGAUACCAUUUUAUGGUUUGAUAUUUUACAUUUAGGCUAUGGUCAAUGUUGAACUAAUGUCUGUACGGUUGUGAAGUUUGAGUAGAGAUGACUUCUUUCCCGCUGUGGAUAUUAAGUUAGCCCCUCAGCAGUUUUUAAAAAUUCUUCAUUCAAUUCCCUUGGUAACUUUGUCAAAAAUCAGUUGGAAGUACCUGUAGAGGCUAUUUUUGUACUCUCUUACUGUAUUGCAUCAAUCCAUAUGUCUUUUAUUGCCCCAAAACCACACAAUUUUUAUUACCUUUCCUAUAUUGGUAGUCUUGAAAUCCAGUGGAGUGAUUCCAGACACUCUAUUUUUGUUUUUUGGUAACUUUUAUGGAUCCAAUCACUGCUAGUUGUGGAUCCCCCACCGAAAUCCCAGUUCCCGGACUGCUAAGCUGCAGGAGACUCCCUAGCAGGAUCGGGUCCAACCUGCAGGCAAAAUAGUUUUAACAUAAACCGUUUUCCACUUGGUAAGUGGAAAACAUUUUGGUUUCCACCAUAAGUGGCCCACACAACUCUGAUUUUUUUACCUUAAAGCGGCGCAGACCCCGCCCACUCCAGCCAUUCCUCCAGGCCGCCCGGGCUCUUCUCUCCGCGCAUGCGCAGUUUCCUACAGUCCCGGAAACGGAUCGCGUUGGGUGAAGGUGACGGCGUCGAGCGACCUCUCUGACCUCAUCUCCUGCCUGUGUCCUCCUCGCUCCCUCUGCUGCAGCCACGCAGGCGUCCUUCCUGUUCCUGGGCCGAGGUUGCUCCUGCCUCAAGGCCUUCACGUGGGCUGUGCAUCUGCUGGAACUCGCUGGCCCCUCAGCUGCAGAAAGGUGGGAGACAAUGCCUUGGAACUGCAAAUCUUCUCUGAGUCUGAAGCAUCCUGCCUGACGCGUUUGCUCACAUUGACCCGUGCCUUCCCUCAGUCCCUCUCAUCUCUACUGAGAUUCCGUCUCACCCUGACCCUGUGACAUGAACUUCUGAAGAGUCCACUGGGCAUGGUCCUGGGAAGGGCUCACACCCAGACAUGGAUGGAGACGGGUUGACAUUCAGGGACGUGGCCAUCGAAUUCUCUCAAGAUGAGUGGAAAUGCCUGAACUCUACACAGAGGACUUUAUACAGGGAUGUGAUGUUGGAGAACUACAGGAACCUGGUCUCCCUGGAGUAUUAUCCUAUGUGGGAGCACAGGAAAGAGCCCUGGACCAUAGAAAGCCAAGUACAAGUAGCAAGAAAACCAAAAGGGUGGGAAUGGAUCAAAGGUGUGAAAACAGAUGGAGUUUCGCUCUUAUUGCCCAAGCUGGAGUGCAAUGGUGCAAUCUCGGCUCACCGCAACCUCCGCCUCCCGGAUUCAAAUGAUUCUCCUGCCUCAGCCUCCCGAGUAGCUGGGAUUACAGAUCAGAGGGGAGGCCUCCACAGUCCUGAUGCCUGGAGCUAUCCGUGCUCCACCCCAUUUCUGGUGCUUGGAAGACCUGCCCACGAGAUGGGAAACACUGGCUGCUCCUUCUUUGCAUCUGAGGCCCCGGGGAGCUGCAAGGAGCUGUCUCAAGCCCUUUCUACCUGUUGUGGUCCCUCAGCCAUUUCUUCUGUUCUGCUUUUGCCACAGUUCGUGGAUCUGUCUCGUAACUGUGUAAUCAAGGAACUAGCACCACAACAGGAAGGUAACCCAGGAGAAGUAUUCCACACAGUGACAUUGGAACAACAUGAAAAACAUGACAUUGAAGAGUUUUGCUUCAGAGAAAUCAAGAAAAAAAUACACGACUUUGACUGUCAGUGGAGAGAUGAUGAAAGAAAUUGCAACAAAGUGACUACGGCCCCAAAAGAAAAUCUUACUUGUAGGAGAGACCAACGCGAUAGAAGAGGUAUAGGAAACAAGUCUAUUAAACAUCAGCUUGGAUUAAGCUUUCUACCACAUCCCCCUGAACUGCAGCAGUUUCAAGCUGAAGGGAAAAUUUAUGAAUGUAACCAUGUUGAGAAGUCUGUCAACCAUGGUUCCUCAGUUUCACCACCCCAAAUAAUUUCUUCUACCGUCAAAACCCAUGUUUCUAAUAAAUAUGGGACUGAUUUCAUCUGUUCUUCAUUACUCACACAAGAACAGAAAUCACGCAUUAGGGAAAAACCUUACAGAUAUAUUGAGUGCGACAAAGCCUUGAAUCAUGGCUCACACAUGACUGUACAUCAGGUAAGUCAUUCUGGAGAGAAAGGAUAUAAAUGUGAUCUGUGUGGCAAGGUCUUUAGUCAAAAAUCAAACCUUGCGCGUCAUUGGAGAGUUCAUACUGGAGAGAAACCAUACAAAUGUAAUGAAUGUGACAGAGGUUUCAGUCGCAACUCAUGCCUUGCACUACAUCGGAGAGUUCACACUGGAGAGAAACCUUACAAAUGUUAUGAGUGUGACAAGGUCUUCAGUCGAAAUUCAUGCCUUGCACUACAUCAGAAAACUCAUAUUGGAGAGAAACCUUACACGUGUAAAGAGUGUGGCAAAGCCUUUAGUGUGAGGUCAACACUUACCAACCAUCAGGUAAUUCAUAGUGGCAAGAAGCCUUACAAAUGCAAUGAGUGUGGCAAGGUGUUCAGUCAGACUUCAAGCCUUGCAACUCAUCAGAGAAUUCACACUGGGGAGAAACCAUACAAGUGUAAUGAAUGUGGUAAAGUCUUCAGUCAGACUUCAAGCCUUGCAAGGCAUUGGAGAAUUCAUACUGGAGAGAAACCUUACAAAUGCAAUGAAUGUGGUAAGGUUUUCAGUUACAAUUCACACCUUGCGAGUCAUCGGAGAGUUCAUACUGGAGAGAAACCUUACAAGUGUAAUGAGUGUGGGAAAGCCUUUAGUGUGCAUUCGAACUUAACUACCCAUCAGGUCAUCCAUACUGGAGAGAAGCCUUACAAAUGUAAUCAAUGUGGCAAAGGCUUCAGUGUGCAUUCAAGCCUAACUACCCAUCAGGUCAUCCAUACUGGAGAAAAACCUUACAAAUGUAAUGAGUGUGGCAAAUCCUUUAGUGUGCGCCCAAACCUCACUAGACAUCAGAUAAUCCAUACUGGAAAGAAACCUUACAAAUGUAGUGAUUGUGGGAAGUCCUUUAGUGUGCGCCCAAACCUCUUCAGACAUCAAAUUAUCCAUACUAAGGAGAAACCUUAUAAAAGAAAUUAAUAUGGCAAGGUCUUCAGUCAAAGUUUAAAUCCUGUGAGUCAUCAAAGAAUUUAUACCAGAGAGAAACCAUACAAGUAUAAUAAAUGUGGCAAGGUUUUCAGUCACAAUUCACUCCUACACAGCAUCAGAGAAUUUCAUUCUUGAGAGAAUCCUUACGAGUACAGCAAACCUUUCAUCACAAGUUCAAGCAUUCAUUGACAUCAGAGUCCAUGCUAAAGAGAAAUCAUAUACACCUAACUGUGUGGCAGAGGCUUCAUUUAGGUCUCACAACUCACUAGACAUCAAAAUGUGUAAACAUCUUUGUAUAUUUUGUGCAUGUUGAAGCUGUUAACCAAGGAUCAAAACUGUAACACAUCCAAGGAUUUAUGUGAGGAAUAAUUCAGUCUAGUUGUGCUGAUAAACUUUUCAUAUUACACAUUGUAGAACAAAUGCAAGCCCAAAUGUGUUAAAACUCACACAACAUGAUAUAUAUUAAAGGUUGCAGGAUGUUUGAAGUCA